AUGUCAACAAGUGGCCUCAGUCGCUUCACAGGGCCGAAGUCUAAUGAUGAUCGUGCAAGAAUUGCUGCGGGCGCCAAAAUCUCGCUGAAAGACAAAAAGGCCAAAUCGUCCUCGACCUCUAAAAAGCACCACCACGAAAAGAAUACGACGAACCACCCAGUAGAUGGCCAUGAGGCCUAUGAAGCAUACCCACAACAUGAACUUGAGACGACGUCCGCCCAGGAUGUGUUUGGGGAUUCGACAAUUGCGAGCAAUUUCGACGAAACCAUAAGUUCUGAACAACUAGACGCUCCUCAGUUCCACGAUCAGUAUGGCUAUCAGCAGAGGAAUAGUGGUCAACAAGAACCAGAAGACUCUGAUGACGAGGAUGAUACGGCACAUCAGGACAUGAAUUACGAUCUGCACGGUAGAACAUCUGCACCACCUUUGGGUACUCAGGAAUCCCAGGACUUUUACAAUUCUGAACAGCCAGUUCCCACGUCAAGGCAAAACCGAUUCCAAGAGCUCCGGCAGCACCGUGCAGUUUCCCCAGCAGUUCCUCCUCCAAAGGUUUCUCGAAAGCGGGAACGAACCAGCGAGCGCCAUUACAAUCAUUUGCCGAUUGAACCACAAUAUCAGCAACCAUACCCACCGCAGGAGCACGGGGCCCAGCUAGUCCACUUACCUCAGAGACCAAUACCGUGGGAUGGGCACAAUAGCCAAGAGUUUCUCGGCCAUCAUUCGGCUGGCGGAAAAGGCCAUGGAUUUGAUCAAUCAUCCCGGACUGGAAGCCCAGUUCAUCAAGCACUAGUCCAAAACUGCGAAGAAGGGAUAGAGUCGUCACCAGAGCCAGAAGAGGCAGUUCCUGACUAUACGGACGAAGAGUUGAAGAAGAAGCUGUUCGUGGACCUAAAAAAUGAGGAUUGGGGUGCUGGAAUGCCCAAAUAUCAAAUCCCGAAAUUUUUCCCUGAUGAUUUGCGAGGACCUAGCAUCUCCGUGGAGCAAAAAGUAGAUGGGUUUCGAGACGAGGAGAUUACAGACGAGAAACACAUGAUGCGGUCCGAUCGUGAGCAAGAAUCAUUUUUUGAGCAUUUAUCCGACGAAGACUGGAAAGCUGCCGGCGAAUAUAUCAGGAAAAAGACGGAAGAAGCCAUGAAUAAUAUGCAGGAGACACGAAAGAAGAAACGGGAAAUUACCGCUAAAUAUGAAAAGAUUUAUGAGGAGCGAGAGAAGUUAAUUCAGCACAAGGCUGCGCUUAUACAAGCUCAAUUGGCGCAAGUUCAAAAUCAGGGGAGCUCUAUGUUUCAGAAGAUGUUGGCACCGUCUCCUCGUACUGGAGUGUCCUCUCCACGUUCGAAUUCGCGGGCUUAA